GGCUGUGGUGUAAUUUGGGCAGUUCGGGCCAAACUAUGUGACUUGCGUCUGCCGCAUAUCUCAAAUCUGAAGCCUGUUAAUUGUAUGGGACAUUCAUUGGCGUGUGAAAUACGUCUCUAUGCCCGAAUUUUGAGGUAGAACGGAUUCGCCACUGAUUUUCUUCGUUUGAGGUGCACAAAUGACGGAAUACAAACUUGUUGUUGUGGGAGCGGGUGGUGUGGGCAAAAGUGCUCUUACCAUUCAACUUAUCCAGAAUCAUUUUGUCGAUGAAUAUGAUCCAACAAUUGAGGACUCGUACCGCAAACAGGUAGUAAUUGAUGGAGAAACAUGCCUUCUUGACAUUUUAGACACGGCAGGACAAGAAGAAUACAGUGCCAUGCGAGACCAAUACAUGCGGACAGGGGAGGGAUUUCUACUAGUAUUUGCUGUCAAUAAUGCAAAAUCUUUUGAAGACAUUAGCAUGUACCGAGAACAAAUUAAAAGAGUGAAAGAUGCUGAGGAGGUUCCCAUGGUUUUGGUGGGCAACAAAUGUGACUUACCAGCUAGAGCAGUAGAAAUCCAACAAGCCCAGGAAGUAGCAAAGCAAUAUGGCAUACCAUUUGUGGAAACAUCUGCUAAAACUAGACAAGGUGUAGAUGAUGCCUUCUACACGCUGGUGAGGGAGAUCAGGAAAGAUAAAGCACGUGGUAAGACCAAACCAGGUAAGAGGCCUAAAUUUCCCCUUGGGCCUAUAAAGAGGAAACAUUGUACUUUGUUGUAAAUUCUCCAUUGUCAUCCAUUUUGCCACUGCCAUGCAAUCUUAGCAGUUUUGUCUACGGUAUUUAUCUAUUUGGCAAUAUUUUCAAAUUUCUGUAUACUUUAGGUACACUAAGUCUGUGGUUGGUUACCUGGAAGAUGUAAAAUUUACCAAUUUUGCUGUGUUCUAUGGGGGUAGGAUCAGAGCUUCUCCAUUAGAGAUUAGAGUACCUAUUGACCAAGGAUACCUUGUAGUUUUUACUUGUGAGUGCUGACCUACAAAGAACAAUCUGAUAUUUCCUGAGAGUUGCCAAUUUUAUCUAAACUGCUUCAACUAAAGCCGAAGUGGUUAUACUGUACUUCUGUGAUGCAGCUUUUCAACAAGCCUUGUGAAGACCAAUUUGUCAGCUCAAGCUUAUACUUCCAUUGUCAUAAAUUCAUUUAUGGGUGUUGUGGAAAUUUGAGACUGCUCUGUGGCUCUUUGGCAGGGUAUGGAAAAAUCUUGUGUUUUUAUGAAUAAUUUUUUGUGCUUUGGGUAGCACUUUUUUUUUAAGUUGACAUUUUAACAAGUAGUUAAUCUGAAGGAAGUUUAUUUCCUGAAGCUGUGAACUGUUUUCUUGUUCAUGAAUUUGACUCUAAUAUUUGCCUAAUUUGGUGAAUAUAAUAGUAUGGUUGGGGGAUUUCAAAUUACUUUUCUUUUCUUAUCUCUUGGGAAUUUGCUGGACUGAAAACUAUUUGUAAAAGAGUUAAACAAUCCCCACCUGUAUUUCUUAUUGACUGACUAGUGGAAGCAUAGGGAAAAAAAAAACAACAACUCCUAUCUGGAGGUAUGCAACCCUUAGCCUACUUCUCCAAUCAUUUUUAGUGAUAAUCAUGCAGAUAAAUUCAUUUUUGUUAGUUUCCAUUGAACUAAUAUCUUAAAAUGUAUUUGCAUCAGUUAGUGGGUUGAAGGGUAUUCCUCAUGUUCUUUCUAGUCAGGAUUUAUGUGGGUGUUGAGGUUGAUUUCAGUAUUGCCUCAGACAUUAGACCAGUUUGUGACUUAAUAUAUGUGAAGUCCUUGUCUAAAGUAGCUUCUAGCCAUGUGGAAAGUUAACUUCAUUGAAUGUACAAACAAACAUCUACUAUGACAAAACUACUUUUGUCACUUGUUUGGAUAUUGUAAACAGUCACUGAAGUUUUGGGCGUUCCGUACUUGAAUUUUUUUUCACCAUGUAGGAAAACGUUUUAAUAAUUUUAAAUAAGGGUUUGCUUAUUGCGAAAGUCAUCCUUUAACAAUCUUUUCUACUGUGAGGAAUGUCCUUCAAUGUUGGCUAUCGACUCUCUUUGUUUAUGUCCAUAAAACUUUAUUGAAAUAUCCAGAGCAGAUAUGAUAUAAUACUUAGUUACUGUAGAGUAAUGCUAGUUUUUAUUUUUAGUUCUGAAUUUAAUUAAUUUGCUGUCAGAAUUGUUGAUUAGAUCCUAAAAACCACUGUGUAAGAUUCAAAUUUUACCUUUGUUUAGAAGUUUUGUUUGUAUGUUACUAUUCUUGUGAAAUCAUAUUAUUAAAAGACAAAUCAUCAUGGGUGCUUUGUGAUUCAAGCAUAACUACUUACUGUAUAUUAGUGCAGAAAUCUUUGUAUGCAUUUCUCAUUGUGAUAAAUUAAACACCCAUCUUUUUAAUAUUAACAUAAACAUGGAUGUGCACACUUUCAAAAAGGACAACUUUUUUUUCAUUUGGUUUAUUUUUAUGCAACUGUUAUUGUGAAAUGACCAUACCAUUUACAUUAUCAUCUCCAAACUUGUCUGUGUAUCACAUUGUCGACUGCCCAGAUAUAUGAUUAGUAAAGUCAUGUGCAUCUAUUUUCUUUUCUUUUUUUCCCCUCUUUUAAUUUAGAUUUUUAAGGAUGAAGUGUUGUGAUCAGUUCAUUUGUUGUUCUAGCAAUAAUCAUUUGUGAGGUUCUGUGAGUGUUUGUUGGCUUGUGUGUAUGUGUUUGGUUGUGUAAAAUUGUCUGUACGCAAGGUUUAUAUUCGUUUUGAAGCUUUGUUAAGAUUUGGGAAAGCUUUAUGUAGCAAGGCAGUUCUUGUUACCAUGGUCUAUUUUUAAAUUCUAGUUCAAUAUUAGUAGUUGUAAUUAAAUAUGCUUGUUAUAACAACGAUGCACAAAAUUUGACAUGAGCACUUCAGGAGAGAUUAUCUGCAGUACCUGUAUUCUGAGAGCUUUUGAUAUCUAUGAAAUGGUCUUAUUUAAAAUGUUUGGAUUCCAGAAACGUAUUUCAUGUUUCAAAUUUGUUUCUUACUAAAAAUUUAAAAUUCAAGUGGCCUUUCCAUAUUUAUUGAAUAAUUUCCAUGUGCAUCUCAAUUUUAGACUGUUAUUGCUGGGGAGGUAGUGUAGAGUAUAAGAGACUGGUGUACCACACAUGUGUCUGUAUUGUACACAAAAACUGUGACUUGUUUGGACAAUUUAGAUUGUAAUGGAUUUCUAUUCCAAUGAAAGAAAUCAUGUCUUACUUCAACAGUCACGUCCUGUUUUAAGUGAAAAUCUUGUGAAUUUUCUCAAGAACUUCAGAGUGUUACUAUGAAUGUUUCCUCAUUUAUAAGUGCUCAGUAAGCUAAAAUUCUUAAUUGUUGCAAUACUCAUCACUUUUUUUUGUCAUUUCAUGAUUAAAGCCUCCGCUGGAUUAUGAUUGGAAAUCACAUGCCAUUGCCUCUAUAGCAAUAGGUAGUUGUCAAUCGCUGGAUUUUAAAAAUGCAACUAUUGAAAGGCUUGUGUUACUAUACUCUAUGAAUAGUCUGCUACUUCUGUUCGAAAGUUAAAAAUAAAUGUCAUGUUUCUGUACGAAAA